AUGGGGCUUGCUUGUAAAGUGUUUGUGGUGAUAAUUUCUGUUCUUGUAUUUAUAGCUGUAGCUCUUAGUUUUUUAAAUGUUGAAUUAAAUAUUCCAAAACAAACUUUUAACCGUUUAACCGGUUAUCCAGUUUGGCAUCCAGUAAUUGAUGGAUAUGAUCAGAGCCAACUUGAUGCAUUAAGUGUAUUUGUCGAGGUGGUGAUGGCAAUCGGUGCAUAUAUUGGAUAUCAUACAAUUAAAAAUAAGCCGAAAUCCAAUAAAUAUUCGACAAUAUUUUAUGAAUACAAUGAUGGACACAGCAAACGUAAAAGACAUAGAAAUGACGAGUUAUAUUAUUUGAUAGUGAUUUACAUUAUAACAACUAUUGUUUCAGGCUUUACUUAUGCGAUAUUUGAUAUUGGUAAAUUAUUUGGAAUGGUUGCAGUAAAUCACAAUAUAUUAGAAUAUGUGUUGAUAGUUUGGAUACUAUCAGGAGGAAAAAUCAACUAUUCAAAAUGGUAUGCAUUUUUCUUUAUACAUCUUUUGAUCGUUGGUGCACUUACUAUAUUCUUAAAAUGGCCUUAUGAUGCUAUUGCCUUUAGAAUUCAAGGCUUGACACUUGAUAUAUUAUUAUUUAUUGAACUUACAAGAACAUAUUUUACAACACUUCAUAAUUUAAAACAAAAAAAUCGUAUUGCAUUGGUUGGUAAUUCAUUAUUGCAAAGAAGUCAACUAUUCGAAAGUUUGGCAAUUGCAACUUCAAAAAUGACAUUUAUAAAAGUUGAACCUGAAAGCGAUGAUGAAAUUACAACUCCUGCUACCCAUGGCCAUUUUUUAAGAAAAAGAACCAAGCGUAUCAGUUAUCCAAAGGAUUAUCCAAGUAAUAGUACUGGUAAUAGACGUUCAAAAGCACAUGCUCAACUUGUUAGGCACGAUCUACGUUCUCGGAAAGUAUUAGAUAAACAAUCGAAUAAACAAAUAUCGGUUCCCAGAACUCCACCUAGAAAAUCUACUAAUAAAAAGUUACCACAAAAAUCACCCGCCAUUUCAAAACAAACCAAUCCAAGAGCACCAACUACACCAGUUACUAAAACAAAACCUAGCCCAAAAACUCCAAAACCAAACCCCCAAAAAAAUAAACGUAAAAAUAAUGAGGAUCGAGAAUGGCGUCCUGAUAGUGAGUCAGAUCCUGAAAAUUUGUCUGAUCAAGGGUCUACUGCUGGCCCUAAAUCUACUCUUAAGACUCAAACAAGAACCACAUCGACUACUACUUCAAAAUCCGUUACUGCUAAACAAUCAACCCCUUCAGUAAAUCUAAGACCUUCAAACCCAAUAAGAACUCCACCUAAUCAAUUAUCAAAAGAUAAUGGAGGUACAAAGAGGGGGACUCGCGUAAAAAGAAAAGAAAUUGUCAAUAAAGAGUUGUCUGGGGUUGAUAAUAAUGAUAUAGAAAAAAUUGAAAUUGAACAACAAUUUUCUAUUACUAGUUAUACUAAUACCAUGGAAUUAGUUGAUGCCGAAGCUUAUGAUUCACCAGAAGCAUCACUUCCAAAAUCACCUACCACUACCAGAAAAACUAGUACAUCAAGCCCAGAACGUCUUAUUAAAUCUAGAAGAAGAUCAACUGUUGUUAUCAAUGAGCUAGACAAUAAUGAAUUCGAAGAAGAAAAGGAGACAAUACCAGUCGAAUCACCACAAGAUAAUGUCACUCCAAAAAAAUCAAGAAUGGCUGCUACUAAGAAAAGCAGUAAUAAAGGUGUUCGUAGUAGACGAGGUGGUAAAACCAAAAGUAAUAUUAAUACUACUACUGAGGUUGCUGUUAUACCAAAUAAAGAAACUCAAAUCGAGCAAACGACAUCAUCACCAUCACAAUCUGAUUAUGAUGAUUAUGAUGUUGUAAAAAUUUCAGCAGAAAAUCCAAAUGCAUUAACAAAUGUUAUUAAAAGUGUUCGUCGUGGACGAGGUGGUAAAACCAAAGGUAAUAUUGAUAGUACUACUGAGGUUGCCGUUAUACCAAAUAACGAAACUCAAAUCGAGCAAACUACACCAUCAUCAUCACAAUCUGACUACGAUGAUCCCGAUGUUGUAAAAAUUUCAGCAGAGAACCCAGAUGCAUUAGCAGGCGCUAUUCGUGCCUUAACUUUUCAAAAUUAUGAUAUUGUGCACACUUCAGCAAACAUUAUACCAAUAAUUCAACCACAAACCACCUCUAUUCCACGAUCUAUACGUGUAAAACCAUCGCCAUCAUCGUCGUUGUCGUCAUCGCCGCCAUCCACUAUAAAAUCGAAUAGACCUAAAACUUCACCAUCACCAAAUGUAAACUCUUCGGCAUGGGAUGAUAAUCAUUGGCAAAUUUUGAAAUAUACUUACUUAGAAAUUAGAAAUAAUUAUAUUGAAAAGGGUAAAAGUGGAAUCCAUAAUGAAGAUGUAUAUAAGGAAGUUAUCAAAAGUUUUCUAAAUAUUAGACCUCAAUUUGAGGAAUCUGAAAUUCGAGUACGAAUGAUAGCGUUAGAAACUGUAGAAAUUGAAAAACAAGGAAAAAGAAAUACUGAAAGAAGAGGAAGUAUAGAAAGUAGUAGCUCGAAAAAUAGUAGAUUUAGUGCAACUCGAUAUAAUUCCGCAUAUUCAAAUAUGCGUAACACGCACAACAAUCCACGUAAACGUAAAAAAAUUGUUAAAGCCGAUCUAACUGAAGAUGAUGAUUUGGAUGAUAAUAGUGAAGUUAUGGCUGAAGGCAGUAAACGUCGACGUGGAUUGGAUUCGGAUUCUAUUUCCGAUGUUAAUACAACAGGACAAAAUACUCCACCUAGGGCUAAAUUUUCAAGUUUAUUUGGAUGGUUCGGAAAACGGACUACUGAUAAUGCUUCACAAAUAUCUGCUUCUGAUAUUGCUGCUGAACAAAAUGAAAAA